AUGGAGCCAACAGUAAAACCGGAUAUACGUUAUUCCGGCGCCGAAGCCGCCGUCCGCGCUGCCAGCGACAUCUACAUGUUUACUCUCAACCUUAGUUAUCAGCCGAAGCCCGUGAGGUUGGAUGUGCUUUUAGAAAGCCGCGUCACAGUUAACUGGAUUACAAUGGUCAAACCUUUAUCCUUUAAAGGGGAUAAAAAGACAAAGAAGAGAAAACGGCAAGCCGAUGACAAUGAAGGGAGAGCCAUAGGUGAACCUUCUAACACCCUUGCUGCGGAUCGCGAAGCUGCACCUGACGAAGAUGGCCAGAAUUGGGUCUCUGCGGAUGUACCAGCCGAGAUAGCAGGGCCUGUUUUGCUUGUGUUGCCGUCGACUCCACCAUCAUGCAUUGCGUGUGAUGUCAACGGAAAGGUAUUCGCCAGCGAGCUGGAGAAUAUCGUGGAAGGGAACCCCAGUACCGCGGAACCGCAUGACGUUCGCCAGGUAUGGGUAGCAACAAAGGUUGUAGGGAGUGAAGGGGUCAGUUUUAAAGGACAUCAUGGGAGAUAUCUUAGCUGCGAUAAAUAUGGCAUUUUAAGCGCCAAUGCAUCCGCGAUAUCAGCUCUCGAGUCCUUUAUUCCAAUAAUCUGUCCAGGCUCUCCCGGAAUGAUAUCACUUCAGAUAUGCGGUGGUGAUAUCGAAGCAUACGUUUCUUCGAAAGAAUCUCUUUCUUCAGCCCCUUCUAAGGCAUCUGUUGAAAUUAGGGGGGAUGCCACUGAAAUCUCAUUCAAUACUUCUCUCCGAGUCAGGAUGCAGGCGCGGUUUAAACCGAAAACGAAGUCUGCAGCCGCAAAAGAAAGCAAGGCGUUAGAGAAGAUUAGUCGAAAAGAAUUGGAAGAAGCUGUAGGUAGGCGGCUGGAUGACGAUGAAGUGAAGAGAUUAAGGAGGGCACGGAGAGAAGGAAAUUAUCAUGAAGAGAUUCUCGAUGUUAGGGUUAAAGGUAAACAUGACAAGUUCGCUUGA